GGCCUGAAGCAAGCCCAAGGCAUUGACAAGUCGAACCGCGACCCCUUCAUCAAGCAGCAUGAAGGGCAGCUGCAGCUCCUUGGGGCCCUGGACCUGGCUCCCGGCUCGGCAGAGAUUUGGUUCGAGGCGGCCAAAGUAGCCGUCGCCUUGGCGUCCCUGACCGAUGCCGAAGGCCAGGCGCAGCAUGCCGUCGAUAUGUUUGCGCACGCCUGCACGCUGGACCCGCCGAAGCUCAAAGAGGCUUUGGCUUGGCUGGACAAGAAAGAGUCGGGCAAGUCGUCAAAAAUCACUCAGGACGAGCAGGUCGUGCGGAAGAUCGUGCGAGAGCAGAUGGAGGCGUGGGGCGAGUCUGGAUCUGUGCCCGUUCGGCACCCGGAUUUCCUCUCCACGCUGAAAGACGGGAUCUGCUUUCCUACGCGGGAGUACGGGCAAAUGGCUAGUGCUCACCCGAAGGAUGUCGCAAAGAUCGUUGACAGCUUUCAGGUGAGGAAUGCGUUUCCCACCAAGAUCCUGUCCGUGAAUGUGCGCUCGUGGCUGCCAGAGGGCUUCACCACACGCCUCGCCGACCUCGCAGUUCGAAAGUACGAGCAGUUUGGCAAGAAGUACACCGACAUAGAUCCCAACGACCUUAACGACAAGUUCUUCAGCUUCCAGGCGACCCAUGCGGACCGCAUCUCGAGGUCUGACGAGAAGAAAUGGCCCGAAAUGUACAGAGAUUCCGAGGACUUCAAGAUCCUGACUCGUGUCAUGAAGGGCGCUCUGCUGGGCUUUCUGAACAAGACGGGGAUCACCCUGCCCCAGGGAGAUCAAGGCUAUGGUCUCGUGCUGUGGGCCGCCGUGUAUCCUGGAAACGGCGGGCGCCAUGGGUACCACGUGCACCAGGGCUCUGCUUCCUCGUGCGUCCUGUAUACCCGGGUCGCCGGCCUCAGCCUGAGAUUCCCAUAG